AAGGUGAGUUAAUUGCCUUCGAAGUGAGAGAGAGACAUUGUCUGCUGAUGGUCUAAACUUUGAAGAACCGAACGUCCAGAACAGAGAUUUUACAACCUGAACUUUCUAAUACAAAUUUCAUGUUGGCUGCUUCGAAGAUUUACCUAUAUCAAACCGAAAUUCAAUAACGAUGGCGUCUCCUCCACCAAGUGGAAUUCCAGCCGAGGCUAACGAGCCGCCACGAUUCUUAAACUUUCCAAGAAUUACUGGAGCUCCCCAAACCUCAGAACCAACAAUGCUCACGGUUCCUCCACCAUACUCACAACUACCCGAGGUCAUCGUGCCUCCACCCUACGCAGAACUCCCAGAAUUUGCAGUGACUCCUUCAGAACCCCAUCCAGCAAUGUUCGUUCUGCCUCCGCCUUACUCCCAGCUUACUGAAAUUGCUUUGCCUCCACCUUACACAGAAUUACCUGGGGCCUCAGUGACUCCAUCAGAAUCCCAACCAAGAGUAAUCAAUAAUCAGCCUCCACCAUAUUUAAAGACUCAGCGAACAAUCAGAACUGUGAUUUCCUCUUUCUACCUGCCACCACCAGAGGCCAACAGGAAUAUGGUCAAUACAUCACAGCACAAUCGAACGGACGGUUCUCCGCAAUAUGAUGAUUACAUGAGAUACUCCAUUUUGAAUCUCUUAUUCUGUUGCACCGUCUUUGCGAUAGGUGCCAUUAUUUACUCUUAUAAGACACGAGAUGCUUUGAAGAGAGGGGACACUUUUCUGGCUCAGUGGGCGUCAGCGAGGGCACGGGCGCAGAACCUGAAGGCGUUGGCAUGUGGAAUCUUUGUGCAUUUUGCCUGGAUUAUCUAUGUUAUUUAUUACUGUGUAACGCACCGCUACGCAUAUUAUUACAACGAUAAUCAUUACUUCAACGGAUAAUUCAAAUAUUAUCAACAUUCAGCACUUCAAUGUGGACUCUCAUUACACUCAGCCAGCCAGUCGUG